GCUUGCCAUUUAAUUUUAAUUUAUAUUAAGCUUAAAUAAUACACUCUUGACUUUAGUAGGAUAAAUUUUAAUGCAGUAUCUCCUGUGGAAGUAUGAGGCCCUUGAAGAUCCUAUUCGUUUGCAUUGGCAAUACUUGUCGAUCUCCAAUGGCGGAAAGCGUAAUGAAGCACUGGGUUGAGGAUAACGAACUCAGCUGGGAAGUAGACAGCGCUGGCCUGAGAACAUGGAACGUUGGACGUAAGCCAGAUGAGCGCUGUAUCAAGGUGCUGGCAGAAAAUGGCCUAACAACAGAGCACGUCGGCAGACAGAUUUCCAUAGUGGACUUCUACAACCAUGACUAUAUUCUCGCCAUGGAUGAGCUCAAUUUGCGCGAGCUAGAGACUCUAGCGAAGGAUUCGAGUCAGCAACGUUGCGCCAAGGUUGAGCUGCUGGGCAAGUACAUUGGCCGUCCAGAGGACCAAAUUAUACGUGAUCCCUACUUUACCAAUUCAAUGGGUGGCUUCCGAUGUGCAUUCGUUCAAAUAACUGAAAGUUGCCAAAAUUUCAUAGCCGAGCACAUGUACACUGACUAGAAACACUGUAAAAAAAUGAAAAACUGCAAAAUUGCAAAUGUUCGUUGAAAUGUUUAGAGAAUAAUACCAAAAUAUGUAAAUUUCUUAUAAAAAGUUGUAUAUCGCAUAAGUUA